UAUGAAAUUUACCUUAAAAUAUGAAUAUUCUUUCACCUUUACUUUUGUAUUACUUGGAUACCAAGAAAAUGUAAAAUAAAGCUAUAUAUAGUUAGAUCAAAUCCCACUUCACUUGCAUUAACCUCUUCUUCCUCUUACACCAUGGCUCCAAAAAUCUGGGAUAUUCUCUCUGAAACUAAACGCAUAAUAGAUGCUCAACCUCGUCACUACCUCACUCUCACCCUAAUCUUUCUCUUACCUCCCUCUUUCGUCUCUCUUCUCUUCAACUUCCUUGUCAAAUACCUUCAACAACAACAACCACCACCACAACCCACCUACCCCAUCUUAAUCAUCUCCCUAGUUUCUAUCCUCUUCCUCCUCAUUUCUUCCAUCUUCACCUUAUGUGCCAUCAUCUCGAUCACUUAUAGCAUCUACCACUCCUUUUUCAAUCAACCCAUCAAACUCAAAGAAGCCUUCAAAUCCGUCUCCACUUCCUUCUUCCCUUUACUCGCCACAGACAUCAUCAUCUUCACCAUCUUCUUCAUCGUCAUUCUUCUGUUUGCACUUGUCAUUGGAGCUGUCUCGUUUCUCAUCGCUUAUGUAGCCGGUGUUGACCUCCAAGCUAACUCUUUCUUGGUUAUGGUUUCAUUAAUGCUUGUUUUCCUAACUUUUAUGCUGUAUCUUGGAGUUCACUUGAGCUUGGUGAAAGUUAUCGUGGUGGUGGAAUCAGUUUGGGGUUUUGAACCAUUGAGAAGAAGUUGGAAAUUGGUGAAAGGAAGGAAGAGGUUGAUCUUGUCAGUCUCUUCCUUGUUUGGAUCCUUGCAAUCGAUGUGGGUGUGGUUAACUGGUUAUAACUGGGUACUGAUUUUAGUGUUUUCUCCAAUAGUUGCUAUGCUUUGGCUUUACAGUAUUGCGGUUCUUACGGUGUUGUACAUUUACUGCAAGGAGAAAAAUGAGAAGCUAGCAGAUGAAGAAUUUGGGAAGGAAAAAGACGAGGCUAGCUUGCCCCUAAUUACAUCUUAGAAUUGGUCAAAGUUGUGUGCAAUUUUGGGUUUGACACAGAGAUAUACAACAUUGAAUUAAAAUA